CAUACUUGUCAAAUCCAGUGCUUGUCCAAUGGCGGAAGCAACACGGACUUGUUGGCUUCAGUGGAGGAUGCUGGUACCGAUCAUCGCUUUCGUUCUGUUUUCUUCCACCGUUUCCGGAAAUUUCUUUGAACCCUUCAACGUGAGCUACGACCACCGAGCUCUAAUCGUCGCCGGAAAACGGCGAAUGCUAGUCUCCGCCGGAAUUCACUACCCACGCGCCACUCCCGAGAUGUGGCCUGAUCUCAUUGCAAAGAGCAAAGAGGGUGGUGCAGAUGUGGUUCAAACUUACGUCUUCUGGAAUGGGCACGAGCCUGUAAAGGGUCAGUAUAACUUUGAAGGAAGAUAUGACCUUGUCAAAUUUGUGAAGCUUGUUGGAUCGAGUGGGUUGUAUCUCCAUCUGCGUAUAGGCCCUUAUGUUUGCGCUGAGUGGAAUUUCGGGGGCUUCCCAGUUUGGUUGCGUGAUAUUCCCGGCAUAGAGUUUCGAACAGAUAACAAACCUUUUAAGGAGGAGAUGCAGCUCUUUGUUAAGAAGAUUGUGGAUCUUAUGCGAGAAGAAAAGCUAUUCUGCUGGCAAGGUGGUCCGAUAAUCAUGUUGCAGAUUGAGAAUGAAUAUGGGGAUAUUGAGAAAUCAUUCGGACAGAAGGGAAAAGAUUAUGUCAAAUGGGCUGCUAGCAUGGCUCUGGGGCUUGGUGCUGGAGUUCCGUGGGUUAUGUGCAGGCAAACGGACGCCCCAGAGAAUAUCAUAGAUGCAUGCAAUGGAUACUAUUGUGAUGGGUUUAAACCUAAUUCGAAUAAGAAGCCCGUACUCUGGACAGAGGAUUGGGAUGGAUGGUAUGCAAGGUGGGGUGGACGUUUGCCUCACAGGCCUGCCGAAGAUCUUGCUUUCGCAGUUGCACGAUUUUAUCAGCGUGGAGGAAGCUUUCAAAAUUAUUACAUGUAUUUUGGUGGAACGAACUUUGGUCGAACUUCCGGUGGUCCGUUCUAUAUCACAAGCUAUGAUUAUGAUGCUCCUCUUGAUGAAUAUGGUCUGAGGAGUGAGCCAAAAUGGGGGCAUCUAAAGGAUCUACAUGCCGCUAUAAAACUUUGUGAGCCUGCGCUUGUUGCAGCAGAUUCACCUCAAUACAUAAAAUUGGGACCAAGGCAGGAGGCGCAUGUCUAUCAUGGUGAUAGCCAGACUGAAGGAAAGAUCUGCUCUGCAUUUCUCGCAAACAUUGAUGAGCGUAGAGCCGUGUCUGUGAAAUUUAAUGGCCAGUCGUAUACUUUACCACCUUGGUCAGUGAGUAUAUUGCCAGACUGCAGAAAUGUUGCCUUCAGCACUGCAAAGGUGGGGGCACAAACCUCUGUGAAAACGGCAGAGUUGGUCACUCCUCCUUUCGGUAGCCUUUCUAUAAUGCAGAAAACAAUGAAUGAGGAUGACGUGUCUAAUAUCUCAAAAUCCUGGAUGGCUUUGAAAGAGCCUAUUGGCAUUUGGAAUGAAAACAAUUUCACCUUCCAAGGAUUAUUGGAACAUUUGAAUGUCACGAAAGAUAGUUCUGAUUACCUAUGGCAUAAGACAAGAAUAUUGGUAUCUGAGGAAGAUAUCUCAUUUUGGGAGGAAAAUGGAGCAAACCCAGCAGUUUCAAUUGAUAGCAUGCGUGAUGUGUUGCGUAUAUUUGUUAAUGGACAACACUCAGGCAGUGUCGUUGGUCACUGGGUGAAGGCAGUGCAACCCGUUCGUUUUGUUCAGGGAUACAAUGAUUUAAUUCUGCUUACCCAGACAGUGGGUUUACAGAAUUAUGGUGCCUUCUUGGAGAAGGAUGGAGCGGGUUUUAGAGGCCAAGCAAAGAUUACAGGAUUCAAGAACGGGGAUGUGGACCUCUCCAAAUUAUCAUGGACUUACCAGGUGGGACUAAAAGGCGAAUCUGAGAAAAUAUAUGCCGUCGAAAAUAAUGCAAAUGCUGAAUGGAGUAUCUUGGAGCCCGAUGUUUCGCCAUCAAUCUUUACGUGGUACAAGACGUACUUCGUUACCCCGGAUGGCACAGAUCCUGUUGUUCUUGACUUCGGAAGUAUGGGAAAGGGCCAAGCCUGGGUCAAUGGACACCAUAUUGGCCGGUACUGGAAUAUUACUUCCUCCAAAGAUGGGUGCGAAGCUUGUGAUUAUCGUGGAGCUUACGACUCGGACAAGUGCAGAACAAACUGUGGAAACCCUACUCAAACCCGGUACCAUGUACCACGUUCAUGGUUAAACCCAUCAAACAAUCUACUCGUUCUCUUUGAAGAGAUUGGGGGAAACCCGUUCAAGAUAUCGGUUAAGACAGUUACUGCUUCCCUUCUGUGUGCUCAAGUAUCAGAAUCACACUACCCACCUCUUCGGAAAUGGUCCAAACCAGAGUUUAUGAACGGAACUAUCUCGAUAGAAGGCACCGCACCAGAAAUGCAUUUGCACUGUGAAGAGGGAAAUGUAAUAUCAUCCAUUGAAUUCGCAAGCUAUGGUACUCCAAAGGGUAGUUGCCAGAAUUUCUCCACAGGCAGAUGCCAUUCAUCCAACUCGUUAAGCAUCGUCUCUGAGGCUUGCGAAGGACGGAACAGCUGUUUUGUCGAAGUCUCGAAUGCUGCGUUUGGGAACGACCCGUGCCGGGGAACGGUCAAGACGUUAGCCGUCAUGGCACGAUGCUCCCCGUCCUGGAAAACGGGAUAUCUCGGGCUUCGGAGCACAGUGAGCAGAUCGGAACAAUGAAGUUCAACAUCAUCACAGCCAGAAUCUUGAUGAUCUGCUGCGUCAAUCAUCAUAAUAAUGCUUCAGAGGCUGCACCGAGUAAGUUUGAUCUUGGUCUUUAAAGUCAUUGUCAUCCACUUGAUUUGGAACCAAAUAAAAUAAAAAAAAUUAUAAAACUGUGUAAAUGCAUAUGAUUUUAUUUACUUCUUCUUUGAUCGUUCGUUAAAUGUAAUCUGAAUCGGUACUAAUCUC